AUGGUCAACUCCUGUUGUGGCUGUGUCUGCCGUGAGCAGGGCUGUGGCCAGGGCUGCUCCCAGGGGACCUGCUGCACCCCUUGCUGCCAGUCCACCGGCUACUGCCCCAGCUGCUGCAUGUCCAGCUGCUGUCGUCCCAGCUGUGGUUCCAGCUGCUGCCAGCCCUCCUGCUUUGGCUCCAGUGGCUGUAGCUCCAGCUCAAACUCGGGCUGCUGCCACCCCAGCUGCUCCAUGUCCGGCUGCUGUCGCCCCAGCUGUGGUUCCAGCUGCUGCCAGCCCAGCUGCAGCAAUUGCAACUGGUGCCAACCCUCCUGCUGUGGCUCCAGUGGCUGUGGCUCCAGCUCCAGCUGCUGCCAGCCCAGCUGCUACAUCUGCAGCUGCUGCCACCCCUCCUGCUGUGGCUCCGGUGGCUGUAGCUCCAGCUCCAACUCCAGCCACUGCUGCCCCACCUACUGCGUGUCCAGCUGCUGUCGCCCCAGUUGUGGUUCCAGCUGCUGCAUCUCCAGCUGCUGCCAGCCAUCCUGCUGUGGUUCCAGUGCCUGUGGCUCCAGCUCUGGCUCCUGCCAGCCCAGCUGCUGCAUCUCCCAGCUGCUGCAUCUGCAGCUGCUGCCACCCUUCCUGCUGUGGCUCCAGUGGCUGCGGCUCCAGCCGCUGCAGGCCCCGCUGCAGUAUGUCUACUUGCUGCCAGCCCAGCUGCUGCAUCUGCCGACCCUCUUGCUGUGGCUCCAGUGGCUGUGGCUCCAGAUCCAACUGCUGCCAGCCUAG